AUGACUGAUAUAAAGCAAUUAUUUAUCGAGGCUGGACAAAGUCAACUUUUCCAGAACUGGGAAAGCUUGUCUCACAAAGAUCGAGAAGAAUUGCUAUCAAACCUAGAGCAAAUUUCUUCCAAGAGGUCUCCUACAAGACUUCUCGAGGACUGUCAGAAUGCUAUUAAAUUCUCUCAAAUCAACUCCUCUAAAGACAUUGUUGCCGACAUUUUACCGUUGCCUUCUACUUCCUACGAGACGCUUAUUGGCAAUAGGAACAAAGAAAAUGAAUAUUGGCAAUUGGGCCUUGAAGCCAUUGGUAAAGGGGAAGUUGCCGUAAUUUUAAUGGCUGGUGGCCAAGGUACGCGCCUGGGGUCUUCUCAGCCAAAGGGAUGUUAUGAUAUUGGAUUGCCUUCAAAAAAAUCUCUUUUCCAAAUACAAGCUGAAAAGUUGAUUAGGUUACAAGCUAUGAUCAAGAACAACAAGGUGGAAAUUCCAUGGUAUAUUAUGACAUCAGGCCCCACCAGAGCAGCUACUGAAGCUUAUUUUCAGGAACAUAAUUAUUUUGGUUUGAAUAAAGAACAAAUUACGUUCUUCAAUCAGGGAACUCUGCCAGCCUUUGACUUGAACGGUAAGCACUUUCUGAUGAAAGAUCCAGUGAGUCUAUCUCAAUCACCAGAUGGGAAUGGUGGGUUAUACCGUGCCAUCAAAGAAAAUAGAUUGAAUGAAGAUUUUGAUAAAAGAGGGAUCAAGCAUGUUUACAUGUACUGUGUUGAUAAUGUUUUAUCGAAGAUUGCAGACCCCGUAUUUAUUGGUUUUGCCAUCAGGCAUGAUUUCGAACUGGCCACUAAGGCCGUUAGAAAGAGAGAUGCGCACGAAUCAGUGGGUUUAAUUGCCACUAAAAACAAUAAGCCGUGUGUCAUAGAAUAUUCUGAGAUUUCCAAUGAGUUAGCCGAAGCAAAGGACGAAGAAGGCCUAUUAAAGCUACGUGCAGGUAACAUCGUCAAUCAUUAUUAUCGGGUGGAUUUACUGAAACGUGACUUGGAUCAGUGGUGUGAGAACAUGCCAUACCAUAUUGCAAAGAAAAAGAUCCCAGCUUAUGAUACUGUUACCGGUAAGUACACUAAGCCAAAGACACCAAAUGGUAUAAAGUUAGAACAAUUUAUAUUUGAUGUUUUUGACACAGUACCAUUGAACAAGUUUGGGUGCUUAGAAGUGGACAGAUGCAAAGAAUUUUCACCAUUGAAAAAUGGCCCUGAUUCUGAAAACGAUAAUCCUGAAACAAGCAGAUUGGCAUAUUUAAAUUUGGGAACCUCCUGGUUGAAGAAUGCGGGCGCUAUUGUUAAAGAUGGGGUACUGGUUGAAGUUUCCAGCAAAUUGAGUUAUUCAGGUGAGAACCUCUCCAGGUUCAAAGGAAAAAUCUUUGACACAAACGGUAUGGUAUUAGAAGAAUAA